GAAAGAUAAAAAAAAAAAAAAGUGACAUUGCUCGCUCUUUCUUCUGCUCUCUUUUUCUUUCUAGCUCACAGCACUUGAACGAGCUCGCCGUCGUUUCUCACUCCAUGGGCGGUGGCUCCGAUCACUCCUCCGCCACCUGAUCCUCUUCUUCUCCGUCGAUCAUGGAGUCAUGUGAGUGUAUAGACACUCAUUAUCCUCCAGAUGAGCUUCUUGUGAAGUAUCAGUAUAUCUCUGAUGUGUUGAUUGCCCUUGCGUAUUUCUCGAUUCCUGUGGAGCUUAUUUAUUUUGUUCAGAGGUCUGCUUUCUUCCCCUAUAGAUGGGUGCUUAUGCAGUUUGGUGCUUUUAUCGUUCUCUGCGGGGCGACUCAUUUCAUAAACCUGUGGACGUUCACCGCGCAUACUAAGGCUGUUGCUGUUGUCAUGACAAUAUCCAAAGUGUCGUGCGCGAUCGUGUCGUGCGCGACCGCGCUGAUGCUUGUCCAUAUUAUUCCUGAUUUGUUGAGUGUGAAAACUCGUGAGUCGUUCCUUAAGCACAAGGCGGAGGAGCUUGACAGGGAGAUGGGGCUUAUUCUUACUCAAGAAGAAACCGGAAGGCAUGUUAGAAUGUUGACUCAUGAAAUUAGGAGCACCCUUGACAGGCAUACCAUUCUGAAGACUACUCUCGUGGAGCUGGGGAGUACUCUAGGGUUGGAGGAAUGUGCAUUGUGGAUGCCAUCAAGAAGUGGUCUGAAUUUGCAGCUUUCCCAUACUUUAACCUACAAUGUACAGGUUGGGUCUACUGUGCCGACAAACCUUCCUAUUGUCAAUGAAGUUUUCAAUAGCCCUAGAGCUACGCGGAUACCGCACACCUGUCCACUGGCCAGGAUCAGACCUCUUGUUGGAAGAUAUGUGCCGCCCGAAGUUGUUGCUGUUCGGGUGCCGCUUUUACAUCUGUCAAAUUUCCAGAUUAAUGAUUGGCCUGAUCUUUCAGCAAAAAGCUAUGCAAUCAUGGUUCUCAUCCUCCCUACUGAUAGUGCUAGAAAAUGGCGAGAUCAUGAGUUGGAACUUGUUGAUGUUGUUGCAGAUCAGGUAGCUGUUGCCCUUUCACAUGCUGCUAUUUUGGAGGAAUCUAUGCGAGCCCGAGAUCAACUCAUGGAGCAGAAUGUAGCUUUAGAUUUAGCUCGGCGAGAGGCAGAAAUGGCAAUUCAUGCUCGCAAUGAUUUCCUUGCUGUCAUGAAUCAUGAAAUGAGAACCCCAAUGCAUGCAAUUAUAGCAUUGUCAUCACUUCUCUUGGAGACUGAACUGACACCAGAGCAGAGGGUUAUGAUAGAGACAGUAUUGAAGUGUAGUAAUGUUUUGGCGACACUUACCAAUGAUGUUCUAGAUCUUUCUCGACUGGAAGAUGGUAGCCUUGAAUUAGAAAUGGGAAAACUCAACCUUCAUGGUGUUUUGGGAGAGGUCGUUGAAUUGAUAAGGCCUAUAGCAUCUGUGAAGAAAUUACCCAUUACUUUAAUUUUGGCACCUGAUCUGCCUACUUUUGCCAUUGGUGAUGAAACGCGACUCAUGCAAACUCUUCUAAAUGUUGUGGGUAAUGCUGUCAAAUACACCAAGGAGGGCUAUGUUUCUAUAAGAGUAUCUGUUGCAAAACCAGAAUCUUUACAGGAUUGGCGACCUCCUGAGUUUUACCCAGCAUCGAGUGAUGGCCAUUUCUACAUGCGAGUCCAGGUUAAGGAUUCUGGAUGUGGCAUUCUCCAGCAAGAUAUUCCUCAUCUCUUUACCAAGUUCACUCAGUCUCGGAGUGGACCAGUUCGAUCUAGCAAUGGUGCAGGUCUUGGGCUAGCCAUUUGUAAAAGAUUUGUAAAUCUCAUGGGAGGUCACAUAUGGAUUGAGAGUGAGGGCCUUAAUAAAGGAUGCACAGCUACAUUCAUAGUCAAACUUGGGAUUUGUGGCAAUCCAGAUCCAUCUGAUCAUCAAGUUGCAAACAGAGGGCAAGCAUACAGUGGAAGUGGUGGCCUUGCCAGAUUUAAACCCUUUCUCAAAGAUGAUGACGACACAGGGUUUUCUACUAGACGCAAUCAAAGAAGUUUCUAAAAUCCAAAACACUGAAAUUGCAUACCUUUGAUCAAGUCGACUAGCUAUACUAAACUUCAUUUUGCACAUGCCAAUUUGUAUAAUCUGCUGUUUGCAGCAGUAGAUUAGGAUUAUUAUGUGACAUGUUUCUAACAAACAGAUCUUAUCUGAAUCCCUGUCAUAUAAACUAGCAGAUAAUACAAUCAAACAAAUUUGGGAGACAUUUUAUUACUCUA